CGAGAGCAGAUGUGCUGAGCUGACUGAGGCGGCAGGCCGAGCGCUGAGACGAUUGAUCGGGCGAGCGGGUCCGGCCUCGCCAUGUCGCUGCUGCCGCGGGGCCGCUGCUGUGGGGCCGCGGCCGCCCGGCGGCUGCUGCUGGGACUCCAGGGUCGGGUGUCUGGGAGCCAUGUGUGUAACCAGUACAGAAGAUCUGGUUCUCUGACAGAUGAAAAAAAAGAAUUUCUGCAGAAUGGACCCAGCUUACAGGAUUUUGUGUCUGGAGAUUUGUCAGACAAGAGUGCAUGGGCCGAGUACAAAGGCAAUUUAAAGCGUCAGAAAGGAGAAAGGCUGCGACUUCCUCCAUGGCUGAAAACAAAGAUUCCCAUGGGAAAAAACUACAAUAAACUAAAGAAUACCUUGAGAAGUUUAAAUCUUCACACAGUAUGUGAAGAAGCCCGUUGUCCCAACAUUGGAGAAUGCUGGGGAGGUGGUGAAUAUGCUACAGCUACAGCUACUAUUAUGCUGAUGGGUGACACAUGCACUAGAGGUUGCAGAUUCUGUUCAGUAAAGACAGCCAAAAAUCCACCUCCCCUGGAUCCCGAGGAGCCUUACAACACAGCAAAGGCUAUAGCUGAGUGGGGCCUGGAUUAUGUGGUAUUGACAUCUGUCGACAGAGACGAUAUGCCUGAUGGGGGAGCAGAACACUUUGCAAAGACAGUCUCUCACCUGAAAGAAAGGAACUCCAAGAUCCUGGUGGAGUGCCUGACGCCCGAUUUCCGAGGAGACCUUAGCGCCGUGGCGAAAGUAGCUUUGUCCGGACUGGAUGUGUAUGCCCACAACGUGGAGACGGUGCCGGAACUGCAGCGGAAGGUCCGUGAUCCCCGAGCCAACUUUGAGCAGUCCGUGCGUGUGCUGAAGCACGCCAAAGCAGUGCAACCUGGUGUCAUUUCUAAAACCUCCAUCAUGCUGGGGCUAGGCGAGACGGAUGAGCAAGUGUAUGCCACCAUGAAACUGUUGCGGGAGGCAGAUGUGGAUUGUUUGACCCUAGGACAGUACAUGCAACCAACCAAACGUCACCUCAAGGUUGAGGAGUACAUAACUCCUGAAAAAUUCAAGUACUGGGAAAAAGUAGGAAAUGAUCUUGGAUUCCAUUACACUGCCAGCGGGCCCUUAGUGCGCUCCUCCUACAAAGCAGGUGAAUUUUUCUUGAAGAACUUGGUAGAAAAAAGAAAGACAAAGGCCAUCUGAAAAUGAGAGGGAACUUAUUUAAAGCAGCCAGUGUUAAGGAUCCUUUUAUCAGUGCAUAAUUACACUCAGUUCCAGAAAUGCAGGAGAGCAGAUGGUGGAUGUAUGAAUAAAUUUACUAUCUUUCCAGAACACUUUUCUCUCACCAAAAUGCUUCACCUUUUUUUACCUCAUUCCUCCUGGCAGAGCUACAACUAUAUAGUACUUGUAGUGCUCAGCAAAAAGUCAGAAGCUAGACAUUAUUUUGAAAGCAUGGUGGAACUGAGGUGAGAGAAAUGUAAGCUGGCAGAUUUAAGUAAAGGAGUUUGAUACUACCAUCAGCACUGCUGGAAGAUGCUAACAGUAAUUUGAAAGGUGCUGAUCUUUUGGUGUAUCUUACAAUUAUGUAACACAAGUUUGCAGGGGCUCUGGGAACUAGAGGAGUUCUAAAGAAAGACUGUGUACAUGAGAAAGGACCAGAUUAGGGCAGGUGUGGCCCGCAGCAGAGGAAGUAUCAGCGAUACUCCUUCAGGAGGUGGAAUCUCAUACAUGCAUCUCAAGAAAAUGAGCUGUACCCUUCUGCUAGCUAAUCCUUUUCAGGUGUUUGCAUGUCUCCAAGUGUGAACCAUGGUAAACAUAAGGUAUCAAGUUGAAGAAAUGAGCCCUCUGGGGCAAGACGAUUAACCUUGUGUAGGUACCAUCAAAUUUGAACCACAUGGAAUAUCAGUUGCCAUGGCAGCAUAAAUCAGGUUUGAGUAUAUGCCUGUAACAGACCUGACUGUAUUGCACAGGUGCUGCUUGGGUAUUGGGUAUGCAAAACUGCUGUACUGCCUCAUUAAAGGACAGUUAAAAACUCA